AGCAAAAAAAAAAAAAACACUUGUCUUUGCGAAUGUGUCAAAAGUCCAUAAAAGGAGAAGCAAGAGAGAACUUCCAUGCACCCAGAGUCUCUUGAUUAAUUUAGCUUCUCUUUACAUUUCGAGAUCAGAAAAGGAAAAACAAAAGAAGGCUCAAAUUCCUUUGGAAAUGAAGAACGAAGGAAGCGUGGAGCCUUCCUACGCUGAAUUUGAACCCUAUUGCACGUGGAAAAAGGAACGGAAAAUUUGCAUUUCUAAAGCAACUGACAUUCUCGAAAUCAAGCUCAGUGGGUUCAAGAAGGAAGAAGUGAAAGUUGAACUCGAAAAGGAUGUCUUGCAUAUCAGUGGAGAACGUCCAGUUGGGAGGAGUCCACAGCGCUUCCUCAAAAAAAUUGAUGUUUCAAAGUACGACACUGAAGAUCUUGGAGCAGAGUUUGAAGGUGGAAUUCUUCGUAUAAGGCUACCUAUGAAAUGUUCUGCCAUCAGGUUCCGCGUGGGAGGUGAUAAUGAGACACUUGGAAUUUUGCUUUCAUGGCCCCAAAUUAAGACAACUAUCUCUGCGGUCGCAGCUGCUCUGCUGCUGCUGCUUCUUGCAUUUUAUAUGUAUAAAUAUAGUGAGUGCACCAAUUUCUAAAUUGGUUUCAAUGAAAAAUUGUACAUUUAUGCAUGCACUACUCAAAAUAAAUCAAAAGAGAUGUUAACAAUCAAAGUUUCAAA